GUUCCCCUGCCCACUCCCCCUGCCCUGACUGUGUCUCUGCAGCCCCUGGCAGAGCCCAGCAUGGUGCAGAUCGUCAUCUCCAGCGGUGGCACUGGGGCCCUGGCACAGUGGGUGCUGGUGGAGCUGCAGGGCGAGGUGCAGCCCCGGCAGAGCGGGGACCUGGCUGGGAGGCUGCUGGGAGACCUGCACUACACCUGUGAGGGCGUCCCCGUGCUCAUCGUGGGUCACCACAUCCUCUAUGGGAAAGUGGUGCAGCUGGAGAAGCCGUUUGCUGUGCUGGUGAAGCAGGGAGGAGCUACCCAGCCCAGCCCCACAGGGCCCCAUGGCCACUACACCGUUACUGCCCUCAUCAAAACCAAACUGCUCUUCAAAACCCGCCCCAAGCCCAUCAUCACCCACGUGCCCAAGAAGGUCUGAGGGGAAGGAUGUGGGCUUUGAACUGUGAUCUGCUGCUGCAAAGAGCAGCA